ACUAGUGUUGCUUUUAGCGGUAAAUUACUCUCUCGUCGGUGUUCCUCAAUUUAGCUUUAAAUCUGAAAUAAGCUUACUUUAAUUUCACAAAGGAAAAUCUCCAGUACUGUCAGUUAAGUUCGAUUGUAGGAUUAUAUUUUUGGAAAGCAUUUAAAAUUGUUUACUGUGUGAAGAGGUAGGAGCUCGGUAAUCUGAAGAAAAAUAUUGAGGUGCCCAGUACUUCCUGAUGGUUGAUCGAAGAUAUCGUGUUCGCUGAACGGUUGAGAGUUAUUUCAACGAAAUUUGUUUAUGUGUGUAUAAACGCCGAUGUUUUCCUGACUUGGACCAACUUCGUUAAAAUGGGGGGCUGUUUUGGACGGGAGGACGCGCCGACAGCGGGCACAGCAGUGCAUGAUUCGGAUCAUAGAAAUGGCGAGGUGCCGACGGUUCAGUCUCAACUGCCCGCACCGCCACCUCAGCAGAUUAUGCCCCCUGUUUCACCGUUAAAAUUGUUUGUAGCGUUAUUUGACUAUGAAGCUCGUACUUCCGAAGACUUGAGUUUUGCAAAAGGGGAUCACUUGGAAAUUUUGAACGAUAGCAUCGGCGAUUGGUGGCAUGCUCGGUCUGUCAUAGGUCGCAAGGAAGGCUACAUCCCAUCCAACUAUGUGGCGAAGUUACAAUCUUUAGAGUCAGAACCAUGGUAUUUUGGAAAGAUAACCAGGGUUGAAGCUGAGAAAAAAUUACUACUGCCCCAGAAUGAUCAUGGUUCGUUUCUUAUACGAGAUAGUGAGAGCCGACGAGGAGAGUACUCCCUGUCAGUACGAGAUGGCGAUACUGUUAAACACUAUAGGAUACGUCAGCUAGAUGAAGGUGGUUAUUUUAUCGCUCGUCGGUGUACGUUUUCAACGCUUAGUGAAAUGGUACAGCACUACAGUCGAGUACCAGAUGGGCUAUGUGUCAAUUUGAGGAAGCCAUGUGUUAUGAUGGAGAAGCCUCAGACGGCGGGCAUGUCUUAUAAUACAGUAGAUCAAUGGGAAAUACCUAGAGAAUCGCUGGCGACAAUACGUAAACUAGGUUCUGGUCAGUUUGGUGAUGUCUUUGAAGGACUUUGGAAUACUACUACACCUGUUGCUGUUAAACAACUGAGAAAAGGAACCAUGGACCCAAGUGAUUUUCUGCGAGAAGCUGAGAUUAUGAAGAAACUGAGGCAUCCCAAAUUAGUGCAGCUCUAUGCAGUAUGUACUCUGCAGGAACCAAUCUAUAUUGUAACGGAACUUAUGAACAAUGGUAGUUUGUUAGAUUACUUGCAAGGUGGUGGUAGAAAAUUGAAAUUACCACAACUUAUAGAUAUGUCAGCUCAGAUUGCAUCUGGUAUGGCCUAUUUAGAAUCGCAGAAUUACAUCCAUAGGGACUGUGUCAUUUUCAAUGACUUGUUUAAACCAGUUAAUAACCUUAGUAUUUCAUUUCAGGAGGAUGAAUAUGAAGCUCGUGUUGGUGCCAAGUUUCCCAUCAAAUGGACUGCACCAGAAGCUGCCAACUAUAAUAGGUUUACUAUUAAAUCUGAUGUCUGGUCAUUUGCUAUCCUACUUACUGAAAUAAUUACAUAUGGUAGAGUUCCUUAUCCAGGUAUGACCAAUGCUGAAGUUUUACAUCAAGUAGACCACGGAUACCGCAUGCCAUGUCCGCCGGGUUGUCCAGAGGCUCUGUAUCAGAUCAUGUUGGAAUGUUGGAAAAAAGAAGAAAUGGAAAGACCAACGUUUGAAACACUUCAGUGGAAACUGGAAGAUUUCUUUACUUUAGAACGCCAGGACUAUCAUGAUGCAGGGGUUGUCAGCUAAUCCCCCUGUACGAUAAUUGUGUGGUCGACUUGUAUAUUACACAAGCUGGGAUUCGGCAAUACCAUUUGAGUUUGUGGGGUUGUUGAUUACCCCCUCCAGACUUUCAAUUCAACACAUAGCAUCGUUUGUACGCCAAAAUAACAUACUCAAUAACAUACUUUGCAUAAUACUUUGUAUAUUUUUUAUUUUGUGAUGUCACUGUGAAAGUAGCAGAGUUUUGCCUCUAGGUGGCGCUAUUGCAAUUCAAAACUUUCCAUGGAGAAAUCAGAGAAAGUUGUAAUCGAAGUCAGUCUCCUAAACUGAUUUCUGUAGAAUGCUCAAUUUUUUCUUGCAUUUUUUGCGCAGUAGAAGGUAAAGUAAAACCACCUUUCAUUAAAUCAA